AUGUCAGCACCACCUGUCGAUCCUGUUGCUGUUAACGUAGCCAACUUUCUGCGCGACAAUGCCGUGUUGAAGCAGCGUUCAGGCUCGCUCCAGGGCUCCUCGGUGGACUUCUUCCGUUACAAGAGGGCAGUGCGUGCGUUGAUGUCUGAGGAGUACAACUCGAAGGCGUCGAACCCGAAGAACCAGUUGCCUGUGUGUAAGACCAAGGACGAUGCUAAGAACCUUGUGAUUCUGCUGAUCAAGAACAGGCUACUUCUGCCGGGACAGAAACUGCACACCAGUGAGGCGAGAGCGCAGAACAUCAAGGUCAAGAAGGGCUCGCCGUGUUUCCUUCCUCUACAACAGGCGUCGUUUGAGCCAGACCAGUACUACAUCUGGUUCUACAAGAAGUCCAACCCGUGGGACCGUCUCAUGGGCUUCGGUAUCCUCAUUGGUGUCUUCACGGUGGUUCUGUUCCCACUGUGGCCGCUCUUCAUGAGAAGAGGUGUGUGGUAUCUUUCCAUGGCUCUGCUGGGCUUUGUAUGCCUCAUCAUCGUGAUUGCCAUUGUUAGGCUGAUUUUAUACGUGCUGUCGAUUGCCGUAAUGCCGCAAGGGCUGUGGAUAUUCCCUAACUUGUUUGAAGAUGUUGGGUUCUUUGAUAGUUUUAAGCCAUUCUAUGCUUGGGAGGUUGCAAAGGUGAAGAAGUCUAAGAAGAAGCAGCAGCAGCAAGUCGUCGAGGACAGUGCAAAGACCACGAGCUCACAGCAGAAUGAGAAGCCAGUUGCAAAACGUCGUGUCGUGUUAGAUGAAGUUGACGAGUAA